AUGCCAAGCUCGGACGGAAAGCGGUAUUGUCUGACAUGCAUUGAUCGUUUUUCGCGAUGGCCAGAAGUGUUCCCUCUAGAAGACCAAGAAGCAGAAACGGUAGCAAGGGCAUUUUACAGCGGAUGGAUUGCUCGUUUCGGGGUGCCGCUCCGGGUCACAACAGACCGCGGUCGGCAGUUUGAAUCACGAUUGUUUCAGCAACUGAACGAGUUGACAGGCACGAAGCAUUUAAAGACCACCGCAUACCACCCACAGGCCAACGGCAUAGUCGAGAGGUUCCAUCGGCAGUUGAAGGCGGCAAUCAAAUGCCAUGGAGACGACCGAUGGACAGAGGUGCUACCAACGGUAUUAUUGGGAAUACGCGCAGCGUGGAAGGAGGACAUGCAAGCGACGGCGGCCGAUCUCGUCUAUGGAGAGACGUUAAGGUUGCCAGGACAAUUUUUAAAGCAACACCAACCGGAGGAGACAAACAGCGCUGCUGAAUUUGUCAAGGAAUUAAAACAACACUUUGAUGAUUUUCGUCCGAUCAAAGGUACUCGCCAUGGAGAGCGACGACCAUUUGUAUUCAAGGACUUGGCGACCACGAAGCAGGUGUUUGUUCGCCACGACGGACCAAGGGCAAUCUUACAGGCACCUUACGAUGGCCCUUACCCGGUGGUUAAACGCACUGACAAAAUCUUUGUCGUGCGAAUACACGGAAAGGAUAUUGCGGUUUCUAUAGAUCGAAUAAAACCCGCAUAUAUCAUUUCAGAUCCAACAGAGAACAACAAGCAGGUACAGCCAAGCAGAACAACCGGAGUACCGGACGAGAGCAGCAAAGCAGAGAACAAAAACACGAGGCGAAGCAAGGACACAUCAGCCCCGCAGGAGCAAACGGUGACGAGAACGAAAUCCGGCAGGAGAGUUUGUUUCCUGGACGGAUUCCAAAUCCAAGUUUGUUAUUAA